CUACUACUCUCGUUGCUGCAAGUAUGGCUUGUCUUGCGCUCCGAUUCAUGAUCGCUUUUGCCAGUCGUCGGAACUGAAGAAAGACAGACUUAGCAGAAAAGUUCAACGGCAUUCGGUUAACUAUUCGUCAUGUUAAGCGUGAGCAGCGCCCCUGGCGUAUUUGAAGGCGAAACUUCCUUGAUCCCCCUAAAGGCCGUUUGAAUUGUAGAGAAAAUUAUUCAUUCAUUCAUGACGAAUUAUUUACUGUUAUUGUAAUAAAUAAUAGGCACAAAAUGAAACUUUGUAAGUGUCGAGUGCCAAAUUGUGCAAGAAAUUCAUCGAACAUUGGUAUAGCUCUACAUAGAAUUCCAAAAAAUCCUGAUAUUAGGAAACAAUGGAUCGAAAGCUCUAACCUAACCAAAACAGUUAUUGGAAGCAAAAGAUUUAUCUGCAGUGAUCACUUCAAAAAAAGGGAUUAUUUACCAAAACGGCUUGGUGGUAGAAGAAUGAAUUUGAAAAAAACAGCUGUUCCCUCAAUAAACAAUAAGAGAUCAUUUAUUCCAAACACCUUAAAAUCAUCCAAUGUAAAGAGUAUGCCCAUAAAUAAUACAAGAUGUAAUAUUGAUGCCGAGGAACGUAAUGAGUUACCAACAGUGGAAUCAAACAACCUUGAAGAUAGGGAGACGCCAUCAGAACAAAAUUUAUUGUUUACAGAUUCAGAACAGCCAGAAGAUUGUGAGGAAUGUACCGUCAAUAAUAAAAUUGAAGGUACUGCUGAAGAUACUGCACAGGAUUCUAUGAGUGAAAAUGAAGUAUUAUUAGAAAUCCAAAAUGCUUCAGUGGAUAAUGAUCGUGUUAGAGAAUUAGUGAUGGAACGAGCAAAAGAAAUGUGUACUGAUGCUAAACCUGUUAAAGAAAAAAAAAUUUAUUAUCUUUAAUAAGAAAUGAUGAGGACCUUACUGCAUUUACGGGAGUUUCUUUUGAAUUGCUGGAUAGUUUAACAAAAGGAAUUUCAAUUUGUGAAGAGCGGCAGGCAAAAAAGUUCAAUAACCCAUUAAAGGAAAUAAUUGUUCUGUGCUUAUGCAAAAUACGUUUAAAUUUGUCAUUUAGAUGUUUGGCUGUUCUUUUUGGACUAACACGGCAGUUGUUCUUAUAAUUUUUUUUGUAUGGUGCAGCUAAUGUCAGAAGUUCUAAAAGAUUUUGUGUACUGGCCAACAAAAGAAGAAAUCUUAAAUAGUAUGCCACUGUGUUUCAAAAACUUUAAAAAAACUUAUGUUGUGCUUGAUUGCACUUAAGUGCCAGUGGAGAAACCACGUUGUCUAAGGUGUCGUCUCAGAUUAUAUUCUCAUUACAAGGGUUGUGAAACAGUAAAAUUAUUGCUAGGAGUAGCACCAUGCGGAUUAAUAAGUUUUUUGAGUAAUGCAUAUGGCGGCCGAGCAUCAGACAAGGCUAUUUUCAACCAGUCUGGCAUUUUAAAUAAACUGGAACCGACAAGAGAUGCCAUAAUCGUUGAUAACGGCUUUGGUAUCGAACUAGAAUGUAUGCAAAAUUGCAUACAAUUAAUAAUGCCUCCAAAAUUGAAAAAAAAAGAACAAUCAAGUUCUGAAGAAGCUUUAUUGACAAACAGUAUUGCAGCUGCUCGAGUCCACGUUGAGAGAUCUAUGCAGCGCUCCAAAAUGUUUCAUAUCGUCAAACAUAAAAUAUCGUGGACAUUGAUACCGUAUAUUGACAAUAUCUGCAGAGUUGCUGCUGCAUUAGUAAAUUUUAAAAAAUCCCUUGUUUGCGGACAAUAAGUUUUAAGUGCUGUAAACUGUUUGUGCGUGUCAAUCAAAUUUUUGUAUAAAAUUGUGAUUUUUAAAACUUACAUCUUGUAUGUAACUGACAAUUAAAUUUUUGUAUGAAAUUGUGAUUUUUUAAAAAUAAAUUGUACAUUUUACUUCUCAUAAAUGCUAGGGAUAAAAGCAA